AUGAAUAAAAAGCGACAAUCAACGAUAGUCAUAGGUAAAUGUGAAAUUUGUAAUGGUCCAGCUCAAUAUAUUUAUUUUGGUGUUCUAUCGUGUCAACCAUGUAGAAUGUUUUUUAAACGAAAUGCUCUACGAGGAAAGGAAUUAUCGAAAUGUGAUUUUGAUGGUCAUUGUGAAAUAAAUGUAAAUAAUCGUCAUGUUUGUUCUUAUUGUCGACUUGAGAAAUGUUUUACAAAAGGGAUGCAAACUGAAAAAUUUCACUCAUUUUGGCCAAGAACGAGUAUAACAAGUCAAAAACGAAAGCAUAUCGAAGUUCCAGCAGAAACAAUAUCAACAGCUUUAGUUCCAUUAAACCAAUCUGAACAGUUUCCAACAUUGAAUCUCUUACGAUCAGAUCAAUCGACAUUAACAAUCGAUCAAUGGAAUCUUCUUUCAAACAUUGUUAAUUGCUAUGAGGCAUAUAAUGGAUUUUUAAUAGGUGAAUCUUAUAUGCAUGAACAACAUAAGUUACCUCUUAAGUUACGCUUUAAACCUGAAUCAGUUAGCAAAUUAUAUCAAAUGACAUUAGAACAAGUUCAACAAUUAUACAAAAACAAUCAAGAUUUUCUCUCGUUACCUUCACAUGAUCGUUCUAUUUUACUUCAUAGUACAUUUGGACAUACGUCAACUCUAUCUUUAAAUGUUAUUGCUCAUCCAGUUGGUUUGUUUAAUUAUUCAACUUAUUAUGAUGUUCUUGGAACUAUGAGUCAUCCAAGAGUAAUACCUAUUGCUAAACGUAUAGCAAGUCGACUUGAUUUUGACAUUGUCAUUAUGAGACUCUUUCUUGCUAUUCUUUCUUUCUCAACAAUUAACUAUACAGUUUAUUCCGACACUCCUCCGGUCGAUUCAUCAAAUACAAAACAAAUCUUACAUAUUCAAGAUACAUAUGUUGAAUUAACAUGGCGAUAUAUACUCUAUAAAUUCAAUUAUGAACAGGCUGUCGAAACUUUCUCUGAUUUUAUAAGAUGUUUAUUUGGUAUCCAUGAUGAUAUAGUUACAGGACAUGAAGUUCAAUGGUUUUCAAAUACAAUCGAUUCUCUUGUUCAAAAGACUGAAGAAACCAUUCUUCAUGAUGAUUAA